CAAAGCAUAAAACAUGAAAAAAAAACUCAAAGCAGCAGUAACACUCCCAAGGGAAUUGUAUACCCGGUCCACCACUUAAGCUGCGCAGUCAAGCUCUGUCAGUUUAUAGUGGAAAACAAUUUAGGUUGCCGCAUGAUAAUAACCCCGGGUUAUUUAUGGCUUUAAGAAUUUAAAGUUUUUUUUUACACAUUUCUGCUCGCUUAUUUAUUUAUUUACCGAAACAAUUGUCAAAAAGUUCCUUAAUUAAAAGUGUGACAACAACAGAAGCUAAUAAAUCGUGUCUCUUUAUUUCUUUGCAGAUUCACAGUUGACUUGUUGUCACAAGCCAAAUCUACGGCGUGUUGCGCAAAGAAAUCAGCAAAGGCAAAUCAGCCGCAGGCAACAAAUGUACGCUGCAUUGAUUUUUUCACUGCAAUCGUUAAAGUGAUGACUUGAGAGAACAGAACAUAAACAACUGGUAACUUAAUCGCUUCAUUCUGCUUAAGCGUCACAAGCAGCAUGUUUACGUAGUAUGUGAAAGUGUAAAGCUGCUACAAACGAACGGGCAAACCAAAGCAACCACAAAGCCAACUGACGCCGCCAGCGCACAGCGCUGAUUGUGCGACAGCAACAUACCAGGCAAACAUAGAGCAAGUAAACAACGAAGCUGAGCAGAAAUAAGAAAUAAAUGCAAAAAAAUGAAACAUAGUUGCCGACGCCAAAGCCAGAGUUAGUGCACAACAAUAACAAGGCCGAUAUAAAUCGGUCAGCAACAGUAAACAGUGGACCUGUGCUGGAGCUGUGUGUGGGCAGAAAGCCGGAAGCACAGCACUUGAAGUCAACUAUAAAUAAAAAAGCGCAUAUACUACAACAAAAAUAGCACAAACAAGAAAAAAAUUAUAAUAAAGCCAAAGGCACACACACAGCGCCUUCAAGAACAAUCAAUUGUUGUAGCAAAAUAGCGGUGUGUCUAUGCUGCUGUAGCUGCGGCUCGGCUGUUGUUGACAGUGACAGUGAAUAAGAAAGACGCACAAAUAAAGUGGCAUACAUAAAGUAGAAGACACAAUAAAGUGCGGAUAAAGCAUCUAAUAUCUACAACAGACAACAACAGCACAGGAAAUAUAUGGAAAUACGACAAGCGCUGGCUUUAUGCUGACAGCAAAAGAAAUUAACACAAAAGACUGAGCGAAUCAAGGAAAGCAGCGGCGCUGGGGGGCGCACAAUAGCGGUUGUUUACCGGGGAGCGUAGUGCAGUAGGCACAGCAGCGACACAAAGCAGUCUCUACAUAAAUCUCUACAUAAAGCGCACAGCGCUCAGGCGAGUAUAUUACACUCUCCGGCCUUUGGUUAUGACGCGCGUUUGUCAAAUGAAUCAAUUUACAUGCUAAAAGUGUCGCUGGACAAAGUGCAAAGCAGCAAAAAUAAAGCGGAGGCAAGCCGGAAGAGAAGCGACAUAAAACUGUCGACAUUGUCGAAGCUCGUCCAUUUGUAGGUCACUCACAAAUGCCCACAAGCAGGAAUACCAGAUUUUGAUUAUCAACCUAAUUUGAACACCAGCCAGACAGACAACGUGCCUGACGUAAAUGUGAUUAGACUUGAGCGCGCUGAAUGGUCGACGGCAAAGUGGCAGCAUAAAAGAACGCAACAAAAGCUAUUGACGCGGCAAGUAAUGGCGAUCACGAUUAGUAAUUUGACAGUUUAAAUGAACUGAAGGCACGCAGACAGCAACGAAGUAGCGGCAUUUGAGGGAAUAAAUGACAAAAACUUAAAUAAAAAAAAAUUCAAAACUGUCACUGAGCGCUGCCAAGUGGAGUGGGAGAGUAUUAUUGUCGAAUACCAUUAGACAACGGGCCGAUAUUUAUGCACUUACGCAGACAAGUGCUAAGAAGACUUGAGCCAUGCCUUUAAUGUAUGACUUUAGAGUAUGAGAGAAAGAAGCAAAAAUAUUACAAAAAAAAAUAGAAUUACAACAAAAAUAGAAUUACAACAAAAAAUAAAAAAUUACAACAAAAAUAAAAUUACAACAUAAAUCUUAGAACACACCACGACUGGUACGAAAUUUGAAAGCUUAGUGGUGAAAAACGCAUACGACCCAUUUCCAUAGCAUACAUUUAGGAGCAGACGAAAUAAAGCGAAAUGCACACCAAUACACGCACUUGCUGACACUACACACAUACACACACUAACGGCUACAUACCGCAAGGCGCGCAUACAUGCACGUACACAGCUAGCGUCUCAAGCGAGUGCACGUAAUAUUAGCAACAACAACAAUACAAUGCGCCAACAAUCAACUGCCCGCCUCUUACUGCCCAUCACGCUGCUCGUGUUGGCCAAUUUCCGCCUUACACUCACCUGCCCCGCCGAAGUGUGCGCCUGCAAGUGGAAGGGUGGCAAGCAGACGGUCGAGUGCGGCGGCAAGGAGCUGCCGAACAUACCCGAGGGCAUGGAUCCCGGCACGCAAGUGUUGAACUUCUCGGGCAAUAGUCUGCAAGUGCUGCAAAGUGAACGCUUUCUACGCAUGGAUUUGCUGAAUCUACAGAAAAUCUUUCUAUCACGCAAUCAGCUGAUACGCAUACAUGAGAAAGCCUUUCGCGGCCUGACCAAUCUCGUGGAGUUGGAUUUGUCGGAUAAUUCGCUGCAGAAUGUACCCACCGAGACGUUUCAAGACUACAGUUCGCUGAUGCGCCUCUCGCUAAGCGGCAAUCCCAUACGCGAGCUGAAGAUGUCGGCCUUCCGACAUCUCUCCUUUCUGACAACGCUCGAGCUGAGCAACUGCCAGAUUGAACGUAUCGAGAAUGAGGCCUUCAUUGGCAUGGACAAUCUGGAGUGGUUGCGUUUGGAUGGCAAUCGCAUCGGUUUCAUACAGGGUCAGCACAUACUGCCCAAAUCGCUGCAUGGCAUCAGUUUGCAGAGCAAUCGCUGGAUGUGUGACUGCCGUUUAUUGGAUCUGCAUAUGUGGCUCAAUAACUAUGUGACGCCGCAGGUCGAGGAACCCAAGUGCGUGGAGCCGCCGCGACUGAAAGGGCAGGCCAUCAAGACGCUGAAGAAGGAUGAGCUGGCUUGCCUACCAGAGGUCACACCCUCAUCGACAUACACGGAAAUCUCGGAGGGCCGUAAUAUGUCGAUAAUGUGCGUGGUGCGUGCCAUACCGGAGCCGCAAGUUUUGUGGCUGUUUAACGGUCAAGUGAUGACUAACGACAGUCUAAUUGAUAAUCUACAUAUGUACUACUAUAUUGAUGAGACGGGCAGCGCGGAGGAGAAGCGCAGCGAGAUUUUCAUCUAUAAUGUAGGACCCGAGGAUAACGGCACUUUUUCGUGUGUGGGCAAGAAUGUGGCGGGCAUAACUUUCAGCAACUACACGCUGCGCGUUAUCAUCAAAGAACCGCCUGUGGUGAAUGAGGUGUCCUUUCCACGCGACUACAUGAACUAUAUCAUCGCCAGCAGCACGGGCGCUGGCGUCAUAUUUGUGGUACUGCUCUGCACGAUAGUGAUUAAGUGCAAACAGCGCCAGCCGAACAAGCGCAAGAAGUGUGCCAAUGGCGGCUCGGUUACCAAUGUGGUUGGCGGUGGCGCACACGCUACAGAUAGCAGCGGCAACGAGACGGGUUUGAUGAAAUGCUCGUCCAUACUCAAUGAUGGCGACUCACUAAACGGCGGCGCGGGAUUGUUGAUGGCUGAGGGCAUGACGCCCACCAAGUUGUGUAAAGAAAAUGGCGGCGUCAUUAUGGGCGGCCAAAUGCAACAGAACUUACUGCUAUAUGCGCCCGCGCACUACCAACAGCAAACACCCAGCAGCGCGGUGAUGGGCGAUGGCGGCCAGACGCUGCAGUUGAGCGUUAGCAUGGCUAGUGCGAGCGGUACGCCGCCGCCAAUGUUAGUUGGCAAUGCGGUCAGCUACUGUUCGCCGCCUUCAUCGGUGCGCAAUUACGCGGAGAAAAAUCCAGAUUUGGUUAAUGACGCCGAGAGCGUUAAUCAUGGCAAGCUGAAAACAGCGGCGUCCUUAGACGCAGACUACGAUGCGGCCAGUGACUGUUCGGGGCCGUGCAGCAUACAGGGUAUGUCGACGACGCCGGUGCAAUUCGACAAUUGCUACCAACUGGCACCACAGUACGGCUCACAGAUUAUACGGCCGGCAAACAUGCAGUUGAAUGCUGCUGCAGCAGCACGCUUCGGCGCCAUGACGACAUUGCCGCGUGGCAUGCAAUUGAAGACCGUAAUGAACAGCUUGAGCGCCGCACCGGCGCCACAACACCAAGUGGACGUGCACUUGAACCCAGUGUGCUUCCUGGGUCAGGAUGGCUUUGCUUAUGAUUAUAGCAACGCGCACUUGCAACAGUCGGCGCCUGCACCACCUUCGCAUCAUCACCUACAGCUGCAGCCGCAACAUUCAUUGGGCGCCGAACCCUCUCACGCACAACACAUGCAACAGCAAAACUUCUACCGCACUCUGCCACACAACCGCGCGCACAAGCAGCAACAAUUCGCCGCGUCCGCUGCGAAUCCGGGCAUGCGUUACAGCCUCGAGGCGGAGUUCUUACAGCGCUCCGGCACACCAACCUACGACAAGUAUAUGCCCAAUGUGCGCUUCACUGCCGAGGGCUACCCACAAACACAACAACAGCAUAUAGUGCAGUACCCAUCGCCGCCGGAGGGCUACAAGAGCAGCCAAAGCCCCGCGCCCAGCCUGCAUGACGGCGGCGCGGUAAGUGGCGCGGGUGGCGUCGCUUCCACAAUUUCAAAUGCCACAUUUCAACAGUGGCCACCUUGUUUGCCCGGCUAUCAUGUGCAGGCCAUACGCUAUCCACCGACCAUUGUCGGCGUAUUAAGUCCACAGGCGCAUAUGCAACAACAGCAACAACAACAGCAGCAGCAUAUGCUGCAACAGCAACAUAAGUCGACGCCAACAGUUGUGCUAACACCAAAUGGACCAACAAAUCAAACACAAGUGCCCACAUCAAUAACAACAACCGCGGUCACGACUAAGGCCACAGCGAGCACCAUCACGGGCGGCACGACGUCCGCGUCGACCGUCGCCAAACGUUGUGCAGCCGCGCAGGCUGAUGCCUCCACCAUACCCGAAUGCGAUGAGAACGACGUUUCACCCACCACAUCGACAGCGGCCAGCAGCAGUAAUGACGGCAGCAGCAGCAGCGCCACCACAGUAACCAUAUCUGCAAGCAACACGACGGCAACCACGGCGGCCACAGCGACUGCCACCGAAGAAUCCUCAAAGCUGCGGCAUUUAAACGGCCCCUUGGCGGAUAGCCCAGACGAAGGCUAUGUGGGCGAUUCGCACGAAGGCUCCGACAUAUGACGACGCGGCGCUAAUGGCAGCUGCGCGAACGCACACGGUAAGGCGGGCGGCAGCGGUUGUAGUGCGGUCAAAAUGGACGACUCAGUGGCAUUGUAGAGUGGGCACAGCCAUAAGCAUGUGCUGUGUGAGUAGCUGGACAAUUAAAUUGUGUGUGAAUGCAUACACAUUUAUGUACAUACGUGCUUGCUUCAGCUUCACGCGGUGUAAUUAGGUGUGAAGUGAAGGUGGUCAAGUUCUAUCGGCUGAGCUGUUUGGUUCAUUGCUUGCAUAUUAUUUGACAAUUAGAAACCCGGUAAUAAUAAAGUGUACAUUAAGACAUCCAUUAACAUCUCAAUAAAACUUAUGAAAACAUUGAUUAUCAGCUAGUCUUAUGCAGCGCAGAAUCUACUAAUCAUACCCUUGGUCCUCACAAAAUGUUCCGCCACCACUCUACUACUUCAACUGCUGCCAUCUCUAGCAAGCUUAGCUAAAAAUCGUUGAAAUAAAGGAGGAGUAAAAGCAAAAAGUAUCCAAAGUAUCUCAUCACCUCCCGACUGCUCUCAUUUACCCAUAAAUAGAAGUUCUUACAUAUUUUUUUGUUUUUCAUUGUUACUCUUACUCAUUUUCUCUUACUUGCGUUUCGUUCUUCGUGGCCAGUCAAGCGUUAAAUUAAACGACAGCUUUAUAUUUUUUCCAUUUCGAUACCUGUCGCAAGCUCUCAUUGUGUCCGUAUGCUGGACGUUUUCGCUAGCAAUAACAGCUUUUAUUGAUUUCAAUUAAGAGCACACACAGAGUACGCCGCGCCAGUUACAGAACAAAAAGGUUGCCAGAAAGCAAAAAAAUCUGUAAUUUUUUCCAAGAAAAUUUUUUAAUUUUUUUUUAAUUAGUUGUCAGAAGCUUUUAAACAU